AUGGGACAGAGUAACAAUGUGACAGAAUUUGUCCUCCUAGGACUCACUCAGGAUCCUGACGGCCAAAAAGCACUAUUUGCCAUGUUUUUGCUCAUCUACAUUGUGACAAUGGUGGGCAACCUGCUCAUCGUCAUGACUGUUAUUGUCAGCCCUUCCUUGGGAUCCCCCAUGUACUUCUUCCUUGCCUAUCUGUCACUCAUGGAUGCUGUUUAUUCUACUGCCACGUGCCCUAAAAUGAUCGUAGACUUACUAUGUGAUAAAAAGACCAUUUCCUUCCCAGCUUGCAUGGGACAACUCUUUAUAGAACACUUAUUUGGUGGUGCUGAGGUCUUUCUUCUGGUGGCAAUGGCUUAUGACCGCUACGUGGCCAUUUGUAAACCACUGCACUACUUGACCAUCAUGAAUCGGCAGGUUUGCAUUCUAUUGCUGGUAGUGGCUUGGGUUGGAGGUUUUUUGCACUCUGUGGUUCAACUUCUCUUUGUAUACAGGCUCCCCUUCUGUGGCCCCAACGUCAUUGAUCACUUCAUUUGUGACAUGUAUCCAUUAUUGGAACUUGCUUGUACUGACACCUAUUUUAUAGGCCUUACUGUGGUUGCCAAUGGUGGAGCCAUAUGUAUAAUCAUCUUCAUACUUCUACUAAUCUCUUAUGGGGUCAUCUUAAACUCCCUGAAGACUCACAGUCAAGAAGGGAGGCGCAAAGCCCUGUCUACCUGCAGCUCCCAUAUCACAGUGGUUGUCCUCUUUUUUGUCCCCUGUAUUUUCAUGUAUGUUAGACCUGUUUCCAACUUUCCCAUUGACAAAUCUGUGUCUGUGGUUUUUACAGUUAUCACUCCCAUGCUAAAUCCUCUAAUAUACACCUUGAGAAAUUCUGAAAUGAAAAGUGCUAUGGAAAAACUCUGGAGGAAAAAGUUAACUGCAGGUAGAAUAGAAAACAGGCAUCCACACUGA